AUGUGCAGCCAGUUGCACUUCCAACAAGUGCACCCUUCAGGCUUCCUCACAGUGCUUGAUUUCUGCUUCCCAAUGGUCCAACACAAGCCUAUGCAUGAAGGGAUAGGCAGUGUCUCUGGCACCUUGGCUACUACUAUGGCAAUCAUAUACAGAGGGACAGAUGAAGUGGCCAAUGGCCUGCCAGCUUGUGGGGAUGACAUCAAUAGCAUCAAAGAGAAGAUUGUGCAUUGGUGCCACUUUCUAAGUAUUAAUCCUUUGGUCCUUAUCUCUAUAUGUCACAUUCUUGGUUUCAAUAACAAGCACAUAGGAAAACUGUUGUGCUCUGAAAAUUAUGACUAUUCUGAUCCAUUCCUUCAAGAGUUCAAAAUGGCCUUUGUGACAGUUAGCAUUCCAUCAAUUAUAUAUGUUGUGACAUUGGGUAGCAUGUCCUGUGGUCACAAGUCUCAAUUCUCUUAUAAAGCAUUUUACAACAAUAUUGUUAGAACGACCUUUGAAGCACUUGAUGAUGGUAAACUGGCAGCAUUGCAUAUAUUCUCGGACAUCAUAGAUUGUGACAAGGGGGAUGAGGGUGAGGAUAGUGUGAUAACAAUGAUGAAGGCUCAGACAGCAGCAAGAAGGGCAGCUACUAGUACAGUAUAA